UUUCCCUUCCAUACACUAAUCAAAUUUUCACUACUAUCAUACUGAUAAUAAAAACAAGGGCAGAUACAAGAGAGAAGGUAGACGAUAGAAGAGGCAGAGAGAAGGGAAGAUCGAAGAGAGGGAAUCGAAAUCUCUAUCUGGAAAGGCCAUUGGAAUCCUUUGCUGGCUCCAACUCCAGAUAGAAAAAUAAGCGGAGAGGAGGCCUAAUUUCUUCCAGCUAGCGCAUGCGAGGAAGGGAAAGAGGGGAAGAGCACGCCGUGGAGGAGGAGGAACGGGAGCAAUCCUUGGAGAGAGUACCAUAGCGCUCUCCCCCUCCUUCCUCGUAUCGGUCCGUUCGUGAGGAGAGCGCCGCCGCUCGCCAGAUUGGGCAUGUCGGCCUUGUACCUUGCUCGCGGUGCUUCCAAGGUGGUCAGGAGAAUCACCUCGGAGACGUCGGUCGAGCUCAAGAUUCUCACUGAGAAAUGGCAACUCCUACUCGCGGGCCUCGUCUUCCAGUACAUUCAUGGUUUGGCUGCUCGUGGGGUCCAUUAUCUGCACCGGCCAGGGCCUACCCUCCAAGAUCUUGGAUUCAUGAUUCUUCCCGAGCUUGGGAAAGAAAGGGGCUACAUCAGUGAGACGCUGUUUACUUUCAUCUUCCUCUCCUUUGUUCUGUGGACAUUUCAUCCUUUCAUCCUUCAAACCAAGCGCUUCUACACUGUUCUUAUUUGGCGUAGAGUUCUUGCCUUCUUAUGUGCUUCUCAAUUCUUACGGAUAGUCACAUUCUAUUCCACACAACUUCCAGGGCCCAACUAUCAUUGCCGUGAGGGCUCAGCUCUUGCCAGAUUACCACAUCCUCAAAAUGUAGCAGAGGUGCUUCUCAUUAAUUUCCCAAGAGGAGUAAUUUACGGGUGCGGUGACUUGAUAUUUUCAUCCCACAUGAUUUUCACUAUAGUCUUCGUUGUAACAUACCAGAAAUAUGGAAAUAUAAGGUUUAUAAAGAUGCUUGCAUGGUGCAUAGCUAUUGCUCAGAGUCUUCUUAUCAUAGCCUCUCGCAAGCAUUACAGUGUUGAUGUUGUUGUUGCAUGGUAUACGGUAAACUUGGUUGUUUUCUUUGUGGACAAGAAGCUUACAGAACUUCCUGACCGAUCAGCUGGAUCAACAUCUGUACUACCUGUGAGCAUAAAGGAGAAAGACAGCAAGUUGAAAGAGGAUAAGACUAGAAUGUUGAAUGGUAACUCUGUUGAUUCUGCUGAUUGGAGACCAUGGACACAAAUGAAUGGGAAGCACAUUGAGAAUGGGAACCAUCUUGAUACCGAAACAACAAAAACAUGAUGUUUUAUGCUGUUGGAUCAAUGUUUGCUAUUGUAAUGCUUUAUCCCAAAGGUCUAGGGAGUAUACGUCGAAUGGCAUCUAAAAUCUUUCAUACCUAGAAAUGUGAUGGCUUCAGUCCUAUAGUUCAGAAGGAAGAGGAAUUGGUGCCCUGUGAAUUGGUUCUAUCCUGUAGAAGUUUUUUUUUCCUACGCAUUAUCUCACUGUUUUUUGAUAGCAUCAGCCCUUUCUCUUUUUCUUUUUUGGUUCCCUAAUCUUUCAACAUGUAAUUAGAUUAUGCAUUAUAGAAAAUGUCUAUUGUUUUGAAUUCAUUCAGAUUCUUUGCCAAGUGUAAUUACCUGGAAAAGCUUACCCUGGCCCCCUGAAAUUGGAAGUCCCAUUAACCUUUUGAUUUA